AUGGGCGCGCCCAGCGGCGAAGACCGUACGACGUACGAGACUUCGGAAGAAUGUGAAGUGGUGGAUUCGUUCGAAGGGCUCGGCCUGCGCGAGGAGAUCCUGAAGGGCAUUUUCGCCUACGGUUUCGACCGGCCCUCGGCUGUCCAGCAGCGCGCCAUCAAGCCAAUCCUCAAUGGCCGCGACGUGAUCAUCCAAUCGCAAAGUGGAACAGGCAAGACCUGCGUGUUCUGCCUCGGCGCGCUGCAGACGGUGAACGCCGCGUCAAAGCAGACGCAGGUCCUGCUGCUAUCGCCGACACGUGAACUUGCUGAGCAAUCGCAAAAAGUGUGCCUUGCGCUCGGGGACUACUGCAACAUCGAAGUACAUUGCUGCAUCGGAGGAAAACGCGUAUCGGAUGACAUCAAGGCCCUGGAAUCAGGGGUACAUAUCGUAUCUGGAACACCCGGAAGGGUCAACCACAUGAUCUCUGAGAGACACCUCAACACUAGGAACAUCAAGCAGCUGAUCCUCGACGAAGCCGACGAGAUGUUGAACCGCGGAUUCAAGGACCAGGUCUACUCCAUCUACAGGUACCUGCCGCCCGCCCUGCAGGUGGUGCUGGUCUCGGCCACCCUACCGCAGGAGGUGGUGGACAUAACCCACAAGUUCAUGAACAACCCAUUCCGCGUGCUGGUUAAGCGUGACGAAUUGACGCUCGAAGGAAUUAAACAGUUUUUCGUCUCAGUCGAGAAGGAACAAUGGAAGUUCGACACCCUGUGCGACCUGUACGAGUCGCUGAUCAUCACCCAGGCCGUCGUCUUCUGCAACACGCGCGAGAAGGUCGACUGGCUGGCCAAGCGGAUGCAGGACUCCAACUUCACCGUCUGCAAAAUGCACGGCGAGAUGUCCCAGAAGGAGCGCAACGACAUCAUGCAGCAGUUCCGCCGCGGUGAGUCCCGCGUGCUGAUAUCCACCGACAUCUGGGGACGCGGACUCGACGUGCAACAGGUCUCGUUAGUCGUGAACUACGACCUGCCCAACAGCCGUGAGAACUAUAUCCACCGUAUCGGUAGGUCCGGACGGUACGGCCGCAAGGGUGUGGCGAUAAACUUCGUUAAGGAUGACGACAUUCGCAUCCUCCGCGAUAUUGAGCAGUACUACUCGACACAAAUUGACGAGAUGCCCAUGAACAUCGCCGAACUGCUGUAA